CGGACAUAACCUAAUAUUUAAAAAUUUUGAUGCAAAUUCGAAAACAGUGCAAAAAGUUCCUAGUGGUCUAUAAACAAGUGUUAAAUGUUGUUUACCAAGUGAUAAAUUUUGUUCCAGGCUUGUAAAAAUGACUCGUAACUUGAAUCGCCUAUUCAAACUGAACUUGCUGUAUAUUUCUCAACAUAUAUUUAAAUCGAGACUGCCUCCUCAAGCUUCUUCAACACUUAGGUUAUACAGUAGUGCAGGCACGGUUCCAAAGAAAGUAGAAUCUGUAGGCCCAGUUUACCAAAAAAGAGAUCACGAGUUUAAAGUUUCCCGAAAAGCAACAGUCCAAGCACUGGAAGAGUUAUUAAGUAUCAAAACAAUAGAUGCACUUGAUAUAGCCAUGAAUAAUAUUUAUUUCCGGCAUAUAUCCAAGAGCAUAUUGAAAAAUAAUUAUGUUUUAUACUCAGAACAAGGUGUCAGCCAUGACACUUUGUUAAAACACCCAGAAUUAUUAACUGUAGUUGAUUCUGAAAUGAAACUUAAAGAGAUUCAAAAGCUUCCGUAUAGUAUAGAUGUAGUUGUGAUUUUGAUAUUAUUGUCAGAACACAACUUUGUGAAGUUUUUGCAGAGUGAAACAGUAAAACCUAAAGAUGAAGGUAAAAUUAGUAUAUUAUCAUCACUUCUUCAGAUAACUCCCCAGAAAGCUUGUGAAUGUAUUACCAAUAAACCAUUUUUGUGUACAUUGCGUGCUAGUAAAAUAAAAAAUAAUAUAGAAAUUUUAACAGAAUAUGGCGUAGCACCAGAAAACAUCUGCAGUGACUUGUGGAUUUUAAAAUAUAGUGAAGACUUAAUAAGAAGUCGAUUAGACAUAGCUAAACAACACAAAAUUGAUGCUAUGAAAACGUGGAUGGUGAGAGCACCAGAAAAAGCCUUUCAGAUUCACCUUCAGAGACGCUCUGACAACAAAUCCAUCUUAGGUGACAACUCUUUAGUGGAAUAUCUGUCUGAAAGACUAGAAUGUAGUGUGGCCUUUGCAAAUUACUUAAUUCUAAAACAACCCUCUUUAAAAAACAGGAGUUUAAAAAAACUUAAAGAGUUGAUAGAUUUUCUGUAUGCUGCCGGUUUCAAGUCUGAUCACAUCUGCCGAGUUCCCAAGAUACUGGUGCAUAGUGUGGAAACAGUCAGCAAAAGAUUAAAGCAUUUAAAAGAGAAGGGUAUUCAAAUUGAUGGUUUAUCUUUGUUGACAAAGAGUCAAAAUCAAUAUAUGCAGUAUUAUGAAGUUUUAGUAAAAAAUAAAAAUAAAUCAAAGUGUAAAACCUGAA